UACAAGUACCAGCAGAAAUUUACAUCGCUCGCUCGGGUCACGAUCACGUCGUGUACGUGUACGUAUACAGUGUACCUACAGGAGCAUGGAGGAGACCAACGCCAGAACUUUCGGGGAAGGUGCUAUGGGUAUUUUGUCAUGCUGGACAACAGUUUUCACCCUAUUUUUGUGUUUGAUAUGCUCAGAAGCGUUUACAGAUGGGUGGUCCCCCAGUGAAGAUGUGGUUACACCAUAUGAGUUUGGCGAACAUGGCUCCCCACGCUCCCAUCGACAGAUACGGGAUUGUCAACCGAUCAAGUAUGACAACGUGACUCAUCACACGCAGAAAGCGCACGACUGGGACCAGAACGGAAGGGUUCCCUACCCCAUAACCGAUCUGAACUACUUUUACGAUGACCUCCCAUUUGGAGAGCGAGCUCCGGGACACAUCGUGUGGGUAAAGAGUCCUGCCAGGACAGUCUCAGUCCUGGAGCCCUUUGAUUCAGGAGGUUGCACCAAUCAUCACAGGGCCACCGUUGAUACCUCUGCAAAGCAGGAGAACUGCCUAGUGGCCGUCAAUGCCGGAUAUUUCAACACAAGAAGCGGGGAUUGCUAUGGAAACGUUGUGAGCAAUGGAAGGCUUGUCCAAACAAAUGGAGGAUUGCAGAAUGCUCAUUUUGGUAUCAGGGCUGAUGGGACGCUGGUGUUUGGGUAUUUAUCAGAAGAGGAUGUCUUGCAAAAAGAGAAUCCAUUCGUCCAGCUGGUGGGAGGAGUUGGUUGGUUGCUAAGAGAUGGUGAAAUAUAUGUGGAAGAAAGCAGGAAAGCAGAAUGCGGAGAUGUAGAGGAGUCAGGUACCGUUGAUGCAUUCUUUGACAUGUUAUCAGCCAGAGUAGCUGUAGGCAGUGAUGAUGAGGGAAACCUAGUCAUUGCAGCCAUAGAUGGGCAGAGCAAGGUCAGGGGGGUCUCAAUGUCAUCUUUUGCAUCAUGGCUUCUCUCUCACGGAGUAAAAAAUGCCAUAAAUCUUGAUGGAGGGGGAUCAGCUACUUAUGUGAUCAACGGAACGAUUGCCAAUAAUCCAUCAGAUCAUUGCCGAGACUCCGCCUUCCGAUGUCCCAGGCAAGUAUCCACCAUCGUCUGUGUCCAUGAGCCGAGAUGCGAUCCCAGGGACUGUAAUAACCAUGGUGACUGCAUCCAGGGAGAGUGCAGUUGCCAUGCCAACUGGCAUGGGCUGUCAUGUGACCAGCUACAAUGUGGAGAUCAUAACUGCAGCGGGAAAGGCAUUUGCCAUGGAAAUGGAUGCAUUUGUGAUGUUGGCUACUUGCCCCCUGAUUGCACAAGGACUUGCCCCAGUGGUUGGUAUGGCCAGGACUGUAGCUAUCAUUGUGACUGCCUUCAUGGAUGGUCAUGUGAUCCGGUCAGUGGAGAAUGUGCUUGUCUUCCCGGAUACACUGGCAAAUACUGCCAGGAUAUUUGUGCCAUUGGAUAUUAUGGACCAGGGUGUGAUGAGGAAUGUGAGUGCAGCAAUGGUCUGUGUCCUUGUCAUCACAUAACGGGCUCCUGCAUGAUCUCACACAUGACUCCUACUAUGGAAGUAUUCUCAAAGUUGGGGAGUGCCUUGCCAGCAGAAUCAUCCAAGAUGAAGGACUGGUUCCUGACAAACCUCUCUUAGAGGACCAACUCACGGUGCUUCUCAUCAUAGCAGUUGCCGUGGCAAUUGUCAGCAUCCUCUGCAAUUUCAUCUGCUUGUGUUUUCGCUGCUCCUGCAAGUGCGCCACCUUGUCAUGUGACAAUGGCUAUAGCGUCCCAAGGAAACAUGUCUACCAUCAGCUAGGCAAUGAAGAAUACACGGAAGAAGAAGAUAACCUUUGACCGUGAAUUGACCUCUGAACUUUACAUCUCAUAUUUUCUUUCACUUUUUUUUGGUUGAUUUUUGCACAUUGAUGAAAGAAAGUUGAAAAUGGUGUCAGAAUAUCUAUAUGAAGUUUAUAUUAACAUUAUUUGAAACCCAUUUUUGCCUUUAUUUAUACUGCAACUUAGGUUUUGAAAAUGUUGAUUUUCACUUGCUACAAUUGAAAGUAUUGGUGCAAAAAUGCAGUUGAAUAAGAAUGCACUUCCAAUUCAGAUAUAUGUUUCAAAGACUCUGUCUGACAGUUAGUCUACAUUUUUCAUUUUGUUAAUUUGUAUAUUUAUGCUAUACUCGGGUGCUAAAUAGUGACAGGUCUACAAGAACACCUUUUGUGCAAUAAUAGAUUAUAUUCUUACAAUCUUGCAUUUUAUUUGUGUUAAUUUUUGGCCUUGGGUCAAAUAGUUUGGUCACAAUGCUGUAAAAAGGUGAUAUAAUAUACAACAUGUACUUUUGUUCAAAGGUAGGUGAAAAA